AAAGAGAAAAGGUAUCUAAUGGACUUGGGUCUUUGCGUUUUGGUCUUGUGAUAAAAUUCUAGAUUUAUUUGUUUGUUUAAUUUAUAUUCAAGCAGUGUAAAUAAUGAAUAAUGCACCGCAGUUUUCAUUGCGUUGGAACAACUAUGUUACACACGUGACAGAGGCUUUUAAUGUGCUUCGAUUCGAGAACGAUUUAGUGGACGUGACCCUAUGUUGUGAUGGUGGUAAAAUAAAGGCACAUAAAAUGUUGCUAUCCGCCUGCAGCAACUACUUCAAGCAAAUAUUCAAAGAAAACCCUUGCCAGCAUCCUGUGAUAAUAUUUAGAAACUUCAAGUAUGAAGACCUAAAUGCAAUCAUUAACUUCAUGUACCAUGGAGAAGUAAACAUUUUUCAGGAGCAAUUGGAAUCAUUUCUAAUCACAGCUGAGCUUCUAGAAGUUAAGGGUCUCACAGAUAGUAUGGAGGAAGAAUCAUCUAAAACCCAGAUAAGAGUGAAUGACAAUGCCUCUCUAGAUCUAAGUUCAAAGUCAAAUAGACUGACUGAAGAUAUUGUGCCUGUAUUAACAGACGAGCCAAUAAAUCUGGCCACCGUACAAAAUGCUAAAGAUGACUACAUUCCACAACCGGCUUUACCAAAACCUUUAUCUGAUAAUUUCAAUCUGGAUAUUGAUAGACUAGAACCACAGCCUGAAACAUCUAAAACAGAAUCUGAAAGUAACAAAACAAAACCCACUGCAAAUGAAGAUAUGCAAGUUGACUUACAAACCACAACAGCUGAAGAUUUGUCUGAAAAAUCAACUUCAGAAUCAGAAUUAGCAAAAUUCCGAUGCCAGUUAUGUCCAAAAGGAUUUAAACAUCCAACUUCAUUGACACUGCACAAAGACUCGCAUGCAGGAAAAACACAAUGUCCAGUAUGUCUUCGCUCAUUCUCAAGAUCAUAUGACAUGAGAAGCCAUCUUCAAAGAAUACACCAAGGAAAACAAUUAACUAUUAAAGAAAUCCGUUACAAGAACACCAAUGAUAAUAAUAUAGGACCCAAGCAAUUUACUCAUCACAUCUAGUUAUAACAAAAUGGUAACAAUAGUUAUCUAUAUAGCACUUAGUGCAAAAUGCCUAUGUAAU